CCCAAGCCUCGCCUCGCCUCGCCUCGCACCACAAAAAGGAUCGCGUGAACCGUACUCCCCUCCUUCCUUCUUUCCUGGAGCUCUUUACUCCACUUUCACUACUCAGUACUCACUCGUGACUCGUGAGUCGUGACACGCCACUCGAUUCACACAGACACGAGAAGCCCAGCAGCGGCAGCAGCAAUGGCGCCGCGCGCGUCGUGAGACGGACAGAGCCACAGCCUACAGCCUACAGGGGGCGGGCGAGCGGUGUUGGCGCUGGCGGUGGGGAGCGAUUAACCGGCUCAGUUUGCGCGCGCGCGCGCCAUGGCGGGCGGCCCGGCGAUGGCCCCGGCGGCCGCGUGGUGGCCAGGCGCGGGGGCGGGGGCGGGGGCGCAGGAGCAGGAGGAGAUGCGGUGGCGGCAGCUGGACGGCGGCGUCAGCGCCGUCUCCUUCGGCUUCGUCGCCACGGCCAUGCUCGUCUCCAUGUUCCUCGCCAUGGCCGUGCUCGAGCACUUCCUCCGUGCCCCGCCCAUGGGCCCGCCGGAGCCCUCGCCGCCCCGUGGACCAAGAGGGGUCCUCCUCCGCUUCCUCCGCCGCGGCCGCGGCGGACGCGGACCCCCCGGCGCGGAUCUCGAGGCGGCCAGGAAGCUCGACGCCGGAUGCGCGUCCCCCGAGAUGCCCGUGUAUUCCAAAGGCGUAUCUGUCCUGAUGCCAGGACAGGACGUGCCGACGUUCAUCGCGCACCCCGCGCCUGCGCCCUGCCCCCCAGAGAGGGUCCGAUGGCCGUUGCACCAGCCCGCUCCUUUCGCCAGUUCCUCGUCGAAUCCGUGCUAGCAUAUGGCCGCUAGACCGGAACACCGCUCUAGUGCUCUACCCAACGAUGAUCCACAGGGAGAGAGCACACCUCUGGUUUCUUCUGUGGCCAUGUCACCGGUUCCCUGGUGGGACGGGGAGCGGUUCUCUCCAUGCGUUGUACAGUUUGUUUAGAUGUCUGUUGUGGAGCAAGUUCUGCUGGCUCCUGCGGCUGCCUGUAUUAUGGCGGGAGAGGAGCGGCUAGUCUAGUGGAUCCAUGGAAUUGUUGCCGAUCCCACUUGCUCAGCCAGUAUUUAGAUGCUUCCCGCAAAAAAAAAAGAAGCUAGUGUUUAGAUGCUUUCGUUGUCGUUGGUCAUAGAGUCGUACUAGAUGUGUGUCAUGGAUGGAUGCACACGUCUUGUGUAAUUUCGCUGCAUAAAUGACUUGUAGCCUAUGGGACUUUCGCCCCCUGGGAGACUUGGGCUUUAGAGAUUUUGAAAUCUUUAUUCUA